AUGAUGGAGGCAAGGCUGGAUCCCAACGUUGUGAGCUUCAACGCUGGAAUGAGCGCGUGCGAGAAAAGUGGGCAGUGGGAGCGAGCGCUGUCGCUGCUUGAGGGCAUGCUGGAAGUAAGUGUGGCAGCGACCGUUGCUAGCUAUAACGCUGGGAUCAGCGCGUGCGAGAAAGGUGGGCAAUGGCAGCAAGCACUGGCCCUGCUGGGUCAGGUCUAUGACACGUUGGAGCCAGAUGUCAUCAGUUUUAAUGCCGGCAUUAGUGCCUGCGAGAAAGGCAGACAGUGGCAAUGGGCAUUGUUAUUAUUGGACACGCUGUGCCGUUCUGAUUUAGUGCUGGACGCCAUCAGUUACAAUGCUGGAAUCAGCGCGUGCGAGAAAGGAGGACAGUGGCAAUUGGCACUUGCGUUAUUGAGCAAGCUUUGGGCAACGAGCUUGGACCCAGAUGCUAUCAGUUACAGUGCUGCGAUCAGCGCGUGCGGGAAUUCCGGCAGGUGGCAGCAAGCGUUGUCUUUAAUUGGAAGUAUGACUGCAGCCAAGGUGGAGCCGAACACUGUCAGUCUCAAUGCAGGCAUCAGCGCUUGCGAAAAAGGCGCACAGUGGCAGUAUGCAUUGGCUUUAAUUGGGAAGCUGGAGGAGGUAACUUUGGAGCGAGAUAUUACCAGCUUUAGUGCUGGAAUCAGCGCAUGUGAGAAAUGCGGGCAAUGGCAACAGUCGUUGGCGUUGAUGUCUGAGUUGCUGGCAGCAAGGUUAGAACCCAAUGAUGUCAGCUAUAAUGCUGCGAUCAGCGCGUGUGGAGGAGGGCGUGAAUGGCAGCAGGCGAUGUCGUUGUUUACCAUGUUACGGGAGGCAGGCAUCGAACCGAACACCGUUACGUACAGCGCCGGAAUCAGCGCGUGCGGGAAGGGUAUCCAGUGGGAGUUGGCGCUAUCUUUGCUUAAGGAGGCGUGCGAAAUCCAAGUGAAUGUGGACGCAUCAGUGUAUAAUGCUGCGAUUGGUGCUUGUGAGAAAGGUGGGACUUGGCAGGUAGCAUUGUCUUUAUUGCUGAACCUGCGUGAUACGAUGGUGAGGCUGGACGUCACUAGCUACACUGUUGGAAUCACCGCGUGUGAGAGAGGCGCACAGUGGCAGCACGCUGUGUUUUUGUUGAGCGAAGCCUCGCAAGUGAAAUUGGAUCCAGACUUGUACAGCUAUAGUGCUGCUGUCAGCGCGUGCGAGAAAGGUUUCGGGCAGUGGCAGCAGGCAUUGUUAUUGCUUGGGGACGCGAGGAAAGCGGGAUUGAGAUUAGACCUACAAUGCUGGAAUCAGCGCGUGCGAGAAAGGCGGGCAACCUCAGUGGGCUUUGUCGUUGUUGAGGGAGAUGUCAGCAUCGAAGUCGCCACCCGACGUCGUCACCUACAGCGCUGGGAUCAGCGCGUGCGGAAGCCGUGGGCUGUGGAGGGAUGCGUUCAUCGGUCAUUGAUGGGUGAGCUUCGGGACUCGAAGUUGCAACCGAACACCAUCAGCUACAACGCUGCGAUCGACGCGUGCACGCACGGCGGGCGGUUCCAAGAGGCGUGCUUGCUCCUGAAGCAGCUGCAGGGAGAGAGGUUGGAGCCGGACGCUCGCAGUUACGGUGCAGCGAUCAGUUCCUGCGACGUGGCCGGGAAGUGGCGGGAGGCCCUGCUGCUGUUCCGGGAGCUGCUGGAGGCGAGCGUGGAGCCGAGCACACACACUCGCAACGCCGCGAUGUCCGCUUGCGAGAGGGGCGGACGGUGGCAGGAGGCGCUGCUCCUUCUGGGCGAGGCAGGGCUGGAGCUGGACGUCAGCAGCGUCGGCCCCGCCCUCGGCGCGUGCGAGAAGGGCGGGCGGUGGCGCGGGCUGCCCUCCCUGCUGAGCGACGUGCUGGAGCCGGUGCUGCGGUCGAGCGGGCCGCUGGCGAGGCGCUGUUCGCCGCGGCAUCGCCUCAGAGACUGA